GUUGAAAGUAAGGAAGGAUGGUAAUAAAACAUGUCAGUGGCACAGGUAAGCCUCAUAUGGGGCUUACUUGGAACUUAGCUCCAGUCUGGCGAGACAUUAAGCCUCACUGCCAGGUAUACGUAUGCUACCCGUUUUAGAAAGCUGACAUCAGUGAAGGCACGAUCUUUCUUGAUUUUGGCGCGCCAAUCUUUUUAUCCGGUCGUUGUACACCACAGGUCCAGUGUCAUUUAUAAACCGGACACCGGCAGCUUUUGUACCUUUCUUCAGAUAUACAAACAAACCUUCAUUAAAGUUUCCGACCGUACAAUGCCCUACCCGACUAGGAUACAUAUAACAUCAUGUCUAUCUACAUCAGAACCCUCGGUGGACGAUUCCCGCGCGCAUUAUCUAUUUUUGCCAGAACCACCACGAUGAGUACAACUGUUCAAAUUGGAAAAAUGCAUACUUCAACCCCUACAUCACUUGCCGAGUUUGGAAGAAAGACCAACUUGAUCCCUAAACCUCCGGACUCAAGAGAAAACCCUGCAGUCGGAAUUGCGCCUGAUCCGAGAGAGAAUGUCGGCCAAAAGAGAUUCGCCGAUUUCGACCUGAACGGUAAAGUUUUCAUUGUCACUGGAGGUGCGCAGGGUUUAGGACUUUCACUAGCGGAGGCUCUCGCAGAGACAGGGGCCAAGGUUUACUGUUUCGAUCGCGGACCACAGGCAGACCAGCAGUGGAGUGAGGCAGCAAGACGCGCUGUCGAGUUUGGAGGUUCUCUGAACUAUAUACAGCAAGACGUACAAGAUAUCGAAGGACUCGACCGGACAAUUGCAGACAUCGCGGACAAGCAUCUACGUCUCGACGGCGUCAUUGCUGCAGCCGGUGUCCAACACCUUUCACCAGCCAUGGAAUGGACUAAGGAAGAAGUGAGCCGAAUGAUGGAUAUUAACUUUACCGGUGUGAUGAUGACGGCGACCAGUGCGGCUCGCCAGAUGUUCAAGUACAAGAUCCAUGGCAGCAUGUGUCUCAUCGCCAGCAUGUCUGGAAGUGUCGCUAAUAAGGGGCUACUGUCGCCUGUCUACAAUUCCUCUAAGGCUGCAGUGGUCCAAUUGGCCCGGAACCUUGCGAUGGAGUGGAGCCCGAUUCGGCAAGACCACACGGGUGGGAUCAGAGUGAACUGUAUCAGUCCGGGACAUAUCCUAACACCAAUGGUGUUGAAGAACUUUGAGGAAGUGCCAGGGCUUCGCGAGAAAUGGGAAAGUGAAAACAUGAUGGGCCGACUGGCAGAGACGAGCGAAUUCAAAGGCGCCGCGCUAUUUCUGCUGAGUAACGCCAGCAGUUUCAUGACGGGGAACAACCUCGUUAUCGAUGGGGGACACACAGCGUGGUAGAAAAUUGCGUCCUAAUGUGUCGGAGUUUUGGGUAACGUGAGCCGGAGUUUAUGCAAGAAGCGCGCAUUUUAAGGGACAAUGCAGAGUUC